AUGGUAUUGGUCUCGUCAUUCUACAGCAAACAGCACUGGACCGAGAAGGCAACAUCCGAUGAUGAACCCGGGGAGGACGAUGAAAACCAAGAGGUGCCCAUCGAUGCAUCGGAGUACGAGUGCAAGUCCCUCGCAAGCGUCAUAGUGGUCGUACCCGAAGGAGACUUUAUAGUCUUCCCAGAGACUGGUCACCCUGGCCCUGAAACGACAGCGGACAUCUUGACCGACCUCGAAUACGACCCGGUCACAAAGGCGGUAUCGAGAAAGACGUUAACGGCGGUCAGACCGGUGGCAGACUAUGAUGACGAUGAGUCGCUGUAUAAAGCGCUGGAAGAUGCGAAUGAUGCUGAUCAAAUGAUCUGGGAAUGGUUGAAAGCCGAGACACACGAGUGGGCGGGGACGUGUGUGGAGCAAAAGAACACAGAGGCGCUGCAGCUUUCGCAGGAUGAGCUGUGUACGGAAGCGAAGGAGAGAUAUCCAAAUGUGCAGCUGUUGAACACACCUUGGGAGAGGAUGGCAGAUCUGGUGGGAGACGAUCAGUAG